GGAAACGCGCGCGUGCGCCGCAAUCGAAUUCGAUCAAGUAUUUGGAUUUCAAAUUGGAUUUUUACGCCGUUUCGGUCAAGUUCUGAAUCACUUGGAGUGACACACAUAAGGCAAGGUCGCGGAAUACCAAAUCGCCAAUAAAGUCAAUAAAUAUGGAAGGCCAGGCCAAGCAAGCGUACUUCGUAAAUGAAGCAUUUAACCACGAAGAACCACCACAGGGUGGUGGUGGUGGAGUGGACAAUCUGCAUCGCCGGAAAAGUGGUGGCAAUAAAGAACUCCAGCUGGAUUUAGGUGGCUUAAAGAAAGGUCAGGAUGUGACUGGUGGUAAUGGCAGUGAUCCACCCAGUAUGGACUUUGAUGACAUACUCCCCUUGAUCGGAGAGUUUGGAAGAUAUCAAAAGUUACUAUUCAUCUGCAUGAUCCCAUUCUCAUUCUUCGUGGCCUUCGUGUACUUCUCGCAAAUAUUCCUCACCUUGAUACCCGAGCAGCAUUGGUGUCAUGUUCCCGAGUUGGAUGGCUUGGAUGUGGAGGCCAGACUAGCGCUUUCCAUACCCAUGACCAAUGGGGAGUACAACAAUUGUUACAUGUACGACGUCAACUACACGGAGAUAUUGGCCCAGGGCAAGGUGAUGGCCGAUCCCAAGUGGCCGAGGGUCAAGUGCCGACACGGCUGGUCAUAUAAUUUCACAGAGAUUCCUUACUCGACGGUGGCCACUGAACAGAACUGGGUGUGUGAUGACGCUGCCUUGCCUACAUAUGCACAGUCUAUAUUCUUCCUGGGCGCCAUCGUCGGUGGACUGCUCUUUGGUUGGGUGGCGGAUCGAUUUGGUCGAAUUCCUGCCCUGAUCGGCACCAAUAUGAUGGGACUCUUGGCUGGCGUGGGCACUGCGUUCGUCAGCAACUUCUGGCAGUUCGCUGCCAUGCGAUUCUUUGUGGGAUUUGCCUUCGACAACUGCUUUACUAUGAUGUAUAUUUUGGUUCUCGAGUACGUUGGUCCCAAAUACCGGACCUUUGUGGCCAACAUGUCGAUAGCCAUUUUCUUCACUGGUGCCGCUUGCCUUCUACCCUGGAUUGCGUACUUCUUGGCAGAUUGGAAACUCCUGGCUAUUGUGACCUCGGCUCCAUUGCUCUUGGCCAUAUUUACGCCCUUGGUGGUACCAGAAUCAGCAAGAUGGUUGGUUUCUCAAGGAAAAGUAGACAAAGCUGUUGGAAUCCUUAAGAAACUGGAGAAAGGAAAUGGUCGUCAGGUGCCCCCACAGACAUAUCAGAUCUUUGCGGACAGCUGUAAGAGGAUGAGGGAACAGGAAGCCCAGAAUGGAAAUUACUCCGUGCUGGAUCUUUUCAAAUCACCAAGAUUGCGUCGAACCACAUUGCUCCUCAUUGUAAUCUGGAUGGCCAUAUCUCUGGUCUUUGAUGGUCAUGUGAGAAAUGUGGGUUCUCUGGGACUUGACAUCUUCUUCACCUUCACCUUGGCCUGUUUCACGGAAUUGCCGGCAGAUACCCUCCUCACGGUGAUCUUGGACCGUUUUGGACGACGUUGGCUGGCCUGCAGCUCCAUGGUGCUCAGUGGAGUGUUCAGCUUAUUGGCCACUGUGGUCCCCGUGGGCAUUUAUUCUGCUGCUCUAGCCAUUAUGGGUCGAUUCUUUGUGAAUAUCAGCUAUAAUAUUGGCCUCCAGUGGGCUGCGGAGGUGCUGCCCACUGUGGUUAGGGCUCAGGCAGUGGCGUUUAUCCACAUUAUGGGUUACGUGGCCAGCAUCAUUGCACCAUUUGUGGUUUAUUUGGCCAACAUUUCCCAAGCUCUACCACUAAUCAUCCUGGGAAUUUUGGGAAUCAUUGGUGGUUUGUUGGCGCUGCUACUUCCGGAAACCCUAAACCAUGUUCUACCACAAACCCUGAGCGAUGGAGAGGAGUUUGGACGGGGUCAGAGCAUUUGGGACUUCCCCUGUUUAGCCAAACAGGUGGACGACGACGACGAUGAGAAAAGGAACACCGACGUGGAGGAGGUGCGAUCUCAGGCAUUUGUGCGGGGAACCCAGACAGGCGCAUCCUUGAAUGCCUCGACAGGUGGUGAACUGAGAUCCAGCAUCCUGCGCAGAUCAAUCAAAUCACGCAACUCCACAAAGCUUUAGAGGAUCAACUCUAAUCGAACUAUUAGGUAGCUAAUUGUUAUAGCAGCCAAAAUCAGUAGCUCUGCCCUGCAUUUUUAGCAUCAACUAGUUUUUAAGUGUCGGUAUUGACCUUUGUGAUACUAGAAUUAAGAAAUUCUAUGCCCAUCUUAAAACAAUGAAUAAACUCAAAAAUA